AUGCCUCUGGGGCCGGGCGCAGGCUGGGGUCGUGCUGGGGGUCGUGCUGGAGGCUGUGCACGGACAGAGGCGGGUUCGGCGGUGCGUGUGUCCCCGGGCUGGUCACACAAUGGCGGGCUCAGUCAGAAGGCUCUCACGCUCUGCUUCAACAUGGUGGAGGCAAGUGCAGGGCUUUAUGAGGGAACACACGCCCCCUGCCGCCGAGGAGGACCACACUGCAGCAGGCGAGAGCUGCUGUAA